ACCCACAAAGCCAGCCCGCGUGCUCUGGCUAAGAAGCAUUCGAGACAUGUUCAACGGUACAUAGGACUCGAACUGCUUCAAGAGUUUGAUCGGCGCGCGGCGGCUGAGGUUGACGGUUCAUCUGAUGUGCCGCGGCGCGAGAACCGUUCCACAACGGCCGUUGGUACCUGGCAUGGGUGCUGGUUACUGGGUGCUGGGGGCGUGCUGGGGUCAAGAGCUGGAUCCCCUGCCAGCGUCGUGCUCCACCUCGGCGCCAUUCUGGUGGAACCUUGUGCCGGACUGAGACAUGGCCCCGAUGGUGCGCCAGGCCACAUGCGCGGGAGACACAUGGCUUCCAUGCUAGAGCGGACGCCGCGGAGCCAAGAUGUCAUCUGUGUCCUCUCCUUUCCGGAAGGGGCCGUAUCUUCGUUGCGCACGGUUGUCUUGCGGACAAGCGCCGCCAGCUUCCAGCCAAGUUGGAGCGCCGCUGGUUGACACCGCACCCAUGCAGUUGGAAAGCGCGCCAAUCCGUAAGCAGCCAGUCCGAUGCAGGGCCCGCGAACGUCGGGCCUGCACUCCCAGGCCUGCCGGGGUCUGUGUCCUUGUCCAGGGAAGUGAAGCUGGUCCGCGGCAAUGGUGGGAGCGAUCCGAUCCCGAACUGUGCAAGAUGUCAGGAUGCAGCGAAGGAGGAGGCGCCGCUCCAACCGUCGUGCCGGCGCCGGACAGGCCUCACAGUAUUUUGUUCUCCGAUCUCGAGGACAUUGCUCGCUAUCAACCAGUAAGGCAGCGCGGAGAUUCGGGGGUGUGUCACACAAGCCCGCAGCUGAGAACUUCAGUGACUACUUCCAUCGUAAGUCCUGGGCCGAGGCGAUCGAUGUUGCAUCCACGUCCCAGUUGCCCAGAUUGCCCAUCAUCUUGCCAAAUUCAUUUGAACGUCAGCCGGGGCAGUGAGCCGGGAUUGGCAAGGGAAGUGACCUCGAGUCUCCAGCUUCCAGCCAUCUUUCUUUCCUGUUGUUCUUGGUACGAAGUACUUCCGUUCAUUUGGCCUCGGUGGGAGUGGGAUUGCGGUGGGUGUGGCGUUAUCGUCAGACGGGCCAUCGCUGGAUCCUCCACUGCAUCUCGGCCAAGUCAGAUCUGUAAAUUCUCUUUUUCUCCCGCGCUGCACCAUUGUAUUGGCGCGUAUGUAAAACUCUCGGGGAUCGACAUGGGAGCAUGCAAAUACGGACUCCGAGAGAAGUUCCAUUGCAGAAAUCAACAGGCAGGAGGAAUGCGAGAGCUUGGUAGGUACGUGACUGAAUAGGAUUGGGAGGGAAGCGGCGUUGGGGGAAAUCUCCCAUCUUUGCAGCAGGAGCCCCAUAUCGGCGGAAAGAGCUCCCCUAAACCCUGCCUAUAAGCCAGGCAGAUAAUGUUAUGAGCGCAAUACUUUGAA